CAAAACGGUUAAAGCCUUAAAACUCCCCGACCUGACCCGCCACUCGAAGCUUCCACACACGCCGCGUGGGUCACGCCUCCUCGCCCUCCUCCCCUCCGGCCGCACGUGCCGCCCGACCCCCAACCCCCGCUCUCCUCCUCCCCCGUACACCCGGUCCACCGCCCCCUCCCAGAUCUCGACCUCCCCGGUGGUGCCGCGCUGCCGUGGCGGUAGCCUCCCUCCCUCCCGCCCUCCCUUAGGGUUUCGGUCGACGAGGGGCGCCAUGGAUCAGAGCCGGCGGGCGGUCGAGUCCUACUGGCGGUCGCGGAUGGUGGACGGCGUCACGGCGGAGGACGACAAGGUCGCCCCCGUCUACAAGCUCGAGGAGAUCUGCGAGCUGCUGCGCGCCUCCGACGCCGGCAUCGUCAAGGAGGUCGCCGACUUCGUCCUCAAGCGCCUCGACAACAAGAGCCCCCUCGUCAAGCAGAAGGCUUUGCGGUUGAUUAAAUAUGCUGUUGGAAAAUCUGGCACUGAUUUCAAGCGGGAAAUGCAACGACACUCAGCGGCUAUGCGUCAGCUUGUUCACUACAAAGGACACCCUGACCCCUUAAAAGGGGAUGCCCUUAAUAAGGCUGUCCGCGAAACUGCAAACGAGGCCAUUGCUGCUAUUUUCUCCACUGAGGACCCUAAAGCAGUUGUUGUGACAGAAGGUCUAGGCAAGCGCAUACAGGGCUUUGGAAACACUAAUUAUGAGCCAUCAAGAGAUGACAAGAAGUCUUUCCUCAGUGAACUAAGUGAAGUAGUGGGCAUUGGUGGUGCUUCCAUUAAACAGGGUUUGAGCAACUUUGCUGCCACACAUUCAAUGAUGCCAAAUGAUAAUGGUGGUAUGUACAAGAACCCAAUUCGCAGGUCUCUGACCACAGAAACUGAUAGAUAUGGUAGGUACGAUCCAAGUGAAAUUCAAGGUGAGAGCCGUGCUACAUCUGGUGCUUCAAAGAAUGUGAGUUCUGGUUCUUGGGGUCCAAGUCCCUCAAGUUCAACAUCAGCCGGUGAUACUGAAUCAAGUCAACCUGGAAUUAAGACUCGUGAGGAGAGACUUUUGGAAACAAUUGUUACUGCAAGCGGUGUGCGGUUGCAACCCACUCGAGAUGCUCUGCAGAUAUUUCUAACAGAAGCCUCCAAACUGGAUGCAGUUGCUUUGAGCCGUGCCCUUGAGAGCAAACUGAACUCUCCAUUGUGGCAGGUUCGCAUGAAGGCUAUCUGUGUACUGGAAGCGGUUGUAAGGAAACAGGAUACUGAUCCUUAUUCCAUUGUUGCUUCAUAUUUCAGUGAGAACAGUGCUUCUGUUGUCAGAUGUUGUGAAUUGCCACAAGUUUCUCUCAGAGAAAAGGCUUCAAAAGUAUUAAAUCUGCUGGUUGGGGAACAACCUACCGGAAGCAAACAUCUUUCAGAAUCAAGACCCACUCCUGUUCAGAUGCCUGAUUUGAUUGAUACAGGGGAUCGGGAUGAUCUAGUAACUCAGCUUUCAGCUCAAGAAAGCAGCGAGCAGAUAAUGGGGAACAGUAAUUAUGUUUCUUCAGUUGAUGAUUUGCUUGGUGGUGAAACUAUUGGUAAUACCAGUGCCACUAGCAAUGGUAAUGGAAGUGAUCUGUUUGCAGAUGUAUCAUUCCAUGAGGAAGAGAUUAAGGAGACUAAUGACCUAUUCUCAGGCAUGACAGUAGAAGAAAAAUCCUCAGCCUCCAUGCAUGAUAACUCUCUGAUCGAGCAAGAUAUAUUUGGCAGCAGCCCGGAGCCAUUGUUCCAAGAAAGAGUUGAUGACAAAGGAACUGUCAAUGAUUUAAUGGCUGGUUUGAACCUUAAUGGCACUGCCCAAGCUCAGCCUGGAGUAAAAGCAGAAACUAACAGUAAUCUCAAUGGUUCACAGUUCUUUGACAUGAACAGUCAGACUAGCCAUGUGGCAAGUGGUGCAGCACUAAAUGGUAUCCUUGGUCAAAGCUCCUUCUAUCAACAGGUUCCUAUGCAGUACAACUUGUCACCACAAAUGUUUGGUCAAUCAUUUGCUGGGCAGCAAUUAAACUAUGGUGCUAUGGAAGCUCUUCUUGCUCAGCAGCAGCAGUUACUACAGAACUUGGGAAAUUUCAAUGCUGGACUUGGGCAUCCUGCUUUCAAUUCAAUGAGUGGCGGAAAUGCAUCUGGGAUGCCAGAUAUUUUCAAUUCAAGUAAUCAACCUCCACAUCAAGUAGCUGUGAUGAGCAAUUCUAAGAAAGAUGAAACUAAAGCUUUUGAUUUUGUCUCGGAUCACCUUGCAGCAGCUCGUGGUUCAAAGAAGUAGACCCUAAAAGGAACAACAUGUUCAGAAUUUUGACAAGAACAGAAAUGUCAGGCUUCAUGGGAUUGGCGUACAUAUCGUCGAGGAUUGACUGAUAGCUGCCUGGGUCACACGGCUUUUUUCUGCUUGGCAUGCUUCAGCGGAUGUUGAAGACUCUCGCUCAAGGUUCCCAGACUGGGUAUUGUGUUGUAUUGUGUAUUUAGAAGAAGGCUGGUUUAAGUUAAAAAAUAAAUUGUGAGUUCCAUUUUCUUUUCCUUUUUUCCCCAAUUUCUUGUCCUCCUGAAAGAGUCAGACAUUGUAUAUUCAAAUAUGCUGCGGGAUUCUAUCUUUUGUUACUUUACAAAUACAUUUUUGUUCUUUUCAUGGGAAUUGUAAAGUUUGUUAAUUUAAGAAAGGUGAAAUGGUAGAUGAAUAAUCAUAUUUUUGUGGAA